AAAAUAUUAACUAGUGCGUGGUUUUAGAUUAUACGUCAUUUUAUUAUUAUCCCUUGUGUCCUACAAAAGGAGCUGGGUACGAUUUGGGAUUCAGCCGAACAGAAAGAAAGUUUUAGUGUGUUUAUAUCGUGUUUAGCUUCUAUUUAUGGACGUUUUACAGCGAUGUAGAAGGAACAAAAGAAGAUCCUCGAGGAGAAACAAUGACAGGAGACUUUUAAAAGGAUAAGAAAUGCUGUAGUAAAGGAUUAAAAUGCUGUGUUUAGAUAUUAUAGCUUUCUUGUUCCUGCUGUGCUGCUGUGGAGUUCAGGCUAACAGACGAAAUGUGCUUCUUAUCAUUGCUGAUGAUGCCGGUUUUGAGACGGAGGUCUAUAAUAACUCUGUGGUUCGAACUCCACACCUGAAAGCUCUGUCUGAGCGCAGCGUCAUCUUUAAAAACGCUUUCAGCUCCGUCAGCAGCUGCUCCCCCAGCCGCUCCACCAUCCUCACCGGCCUGCCACAGCACCAGAAUGGCAUGUACGGCCUUCAUCAGGGCGUGCACCACUUUAACUCAUUUGAUGAAGUCCGCAGUCUUCCUCUGCUGCUGAAGCAGGCCAACAUCCGCACCGGGAUCAUUGGGAAGAAGCACGUUGGUCCAGAACCCGUUUACCCUUUCGACUUCGCAUACACCGAGGAGAACAGCUCGGUCCUGCAGGUCGGACGCAACAUCACCCGGAUUAAACUCCUCGUCCGGAAGUUCCUGAAAGGACAGAAGGAGGCGGAGGCGGCUGGAGGAGAGGCACCGCCGUUCUUCCUCUACGUGGCUUUUCAUGAUCCGCACCGCUGUGGCCACUCCCAGCCCCAAUACGGAUCUUUCUGUGAGAAAUUCGGGAACGGCGAGAGCGGAAUGGGGAGAAUUCCAGACUGGAAGCCGCAGUACUACACGCCGGACCAGGUGAAGGUCCCGUACUUCGUCCCAGACACCCCAACAUCCAGAGCAGAUAUAGCAGCCCAGUACACCACGCUCAGCAGACUGGACCAAGGUAUUGGUCUGGUGCUGCAGGAGUUGAGGGACGCUGGGUUUGAGAAUGAAACUCUGGUGAUUUACAGCUCUGAUAACGGAAUCCCGUUUCCUAACGGACGCACCAACCUGUACGGAUCCGGAGUGUCUGAACCCAUGCUGGUGUCUUCACCUGAACACCGGCAGCGCUGGGGCCAGAGCAGCCACGCCUACGUCAGCCUGCUGGAUCUCACUCCUACUAUCCUGGACUGGUUCUCUGUGCCGUACCCCUCGUACAGUCUGAGCCGGCGGUCCCCGGUGCAGCUCACCGGACGCUCCCUCCUCCCCGCCCUGUCCUCAGAGCCGUCCUGGGACACGGCCUUCUCCAGCCAGAGCCUCCACGAGGUCACCAUGUACUACCCCAUGCGCUCGGUGCACCAGGGCCGCUACCGACUGCUGCACAACCUGCACUACCGCAUGCCCUUCCCCAUCGACCAGGACCUCUACGUCUCGCCCACCUUCCAGGACCUGCUGAACCGCACCCACGCAGGACAGCCCACCGGCUGGUUCAAGACUCUUAAAGAGUAUUACUACAGGGAGCGCUGGGAGCUGUUCGAUACUCACUCAGACCCCAGUGAGGUGAAGAACCUGGCAGGAGAUCCAGCUUAUGGUGGAGUUCUGGAGGGGCUGAGGGAGCAGCUGCUGAAGUGGCAGUGGCUGACUGAGGACCCGUGGGUUUGUGAGCCAGACGCUGUGCUGGAAGCUAAACUGGAGCCUCAGUGCCGACCACUGUAUAAUGAUCUUUAAAGGAAAAUAAUCUGGGGUUUGUGCGGGAUUUUAUGGGGGGUUUUAUCCUCUGUGAUUUUAUUGCCGUCCAGAACGAUCAUGUAUGUGUUUUUCUUAGACGUCCUCUGAGAAAAUUACAGACUGAAUUAUCUACUGUUACUCUCUGUGUAGAUUAAAAUCCAACGCUGGUCUGACUUUCAAAAAAAAAUUUGUUUUUUAUUUGAACGCUUCACCCAGCUUCACCAUUAGAAAGGAAACAUGGCGACACCCUUACAGUCAAUACCACCAUUAAAUACCAAAUACUAAUAAUCUGUAUACAGUAAGAAUUCCAGGUCCUGUAUACAGCAUUUUGAUCCAAUGCUCAGUUUUUGUAUAAACUUUGCUAAAAUCAGAUUUUUUUCCCCCAUUAAGAAUGAAGGGGGUACAAAAUUUCACGCCCAUCUACUGUACAUCUAUAUAAAAUUAUAAACAAAUUGGCCAAAUCUAAAGUUAACAUCACCACCAAUAAAUACCUUAAGAGUCUGUAUUCAGUAUAAGGCUGUAAGAAAAUAUACUGAUAUAUCAAAGUGUCGCAAUAUUUAGUUUUUCAAUUUUGUAUCGAUUUUCAGAAAUACAGUAUUUAUAUAUUAUCAUUAGCUCAGAUGUAAAGAUUGGUGUCAGAAGUGGUUCAUUUUGGGUUGUGAUUAAACUGUGACCACCAGAUAGCAGUGUUGUAUUCUGGCGCUAGAUCCAUCCACUGUUCUGACUGGAUAAAAAAAGUAAACUUUUCUGUUAUUCAGAUUUUAUAAUUGUGUUAUUUAUGCUAUAGCAAUUUGCAGUAUAUUGUGCUGUUUACAGUAUUGCAAUACAGCUGUGGAAAAAGUGAAAUUCUGAAUUUCAGACCUCAAAUAAUGCAAAGAAAACAAGUUUAUAUUCGUAAAGUUUUAAGAGUUCAGAAAUCAAUAUUUGGUGGAAUAACCCUGGUGGUUUUUAAUCACAGUUUUCAUGUAUCUUGGCAUCAUGUUCUCCUCCACCAGUCUUAAACACUGCUCUUUGAUAACUUUAUGCUGCUUUACUCCUGGUGCAAAAAUUUAAGCAGUUCAGUUUGGUGGUUUGAUGGCUUGUGAUCAUACAUCUUCCUCUUGAAUUCUUUUUGACUACUUUUUCAUAGUUUUUUUGUACAUUCCUAUUGCUGAGACCAUUUUAGUGGUCAAACAAUAAAUACAAAUACAAUUAA